AUGGCCAACUAUCAAUUUUAUCGUGGGACAACAUUGGGUACUACAUUACAAGAAACACUUGAUGAAAUGAUUUCGCGAAAUCAAUUAACUGAACAAGCAGCUAGUAAAGUUUUAAGUGAAUUUGAUCGAUCAAUUAAUGAAGCACUUGAUAAACGAAUUCAUAAAAAAGUUCAUUUUUCUGGAAAAUUAAACACGUAUCGUUUUUGUGACAAUGUUUGGACACUGAUUCUACAAGACUAUUCUAUUAAAGAAAGUACUCCAGGUCAACAUAAUACAGGAACUGCAACUCCACAAACAAGUACGGGCGCUAAAAUUAAAAUUGUUGCAUGUGAUGCAAAAAGUGGUCAACAAUCUUAA